UUUUAUCUAAAAACGGCACCGUUUGAUCCAGAUCACUGCAUUUUAACAUGUCCUUUGUGCAGAUAAACGGCGCUAAUUUCAGAGUUCACUUUCAGGCGGUGUCUCCAAAAAUGUUGUUGAAGGCUCUCCUUCUACCCUCUCAAAAUACCCUUACAAGUUGUCCAGUGGGCGAAACUGGAGCAAAUUCUAUAUGGGCACCACCCAAAUUCUCAACAUCGCGUGGAGGUCUCUGCAAAACCAAGCAUUCAUCCAAAAGUUUGUGCUUGAGAACGGGAAAUGGCGCAAUUACAAAGAAAGCACAUGGGAUUGGAGAGGAAGAUGGCGUGAUCAUUGUCGACCACGGUUCGCGUCGUAAGGAAUCAAAUCUCAUGCUAAACGAGUUUGUUGCCAUGUUUAGAGAGAAAACUGGGUACCCAAUUGUAGAGCCUGCUCAUAUGGAGCUGGCAGAGCCCUCAAUAAGAGAUGCAUUUGGUUUAUGUGUUCAUCAAGGGGCAAACCGGGUGAUUGUAAGUCCAUUCUUUCUCUUUCCUGGACGUCAUUGGCACCAGGAUAUUCCUUCCUUAACUGCUGAAGCUGCUAAGGAGCACCCUGGUGUGUCUUAUAUCAUAACUGCACCUCUUGGCCUGCAUGAGCUACUCGUGGAUGUUGUGAAUGAUAGGAUCAAACACUGCUUAAACCAAGUAGCGGGAGAUGCAGAUGAAUGUGCAGCAUGUGCUGGAACAGGCAAAUGCAAGCUCUAUUAGUCUGUGCAAUUGCAAAUUGAAGUUACAUUUGACUGGCAUACUAUUGCUGUUCUCAGUGGGAAAAUUGAACAUAUACUUGAGAACAGAUGUGAUCAUAUAGAGGAAAUCAAGUAAAUUGAUGUUUCCACUGAGCAUUAUAUGCAGCUAUACUGCUGGUGCCUAAGUAGGACCCAGAAUUUCUUUUACGAAUCUGUAGUUCCUGGGCAUUUUCUGUACUGUAAUUAAAAAGAUAUAUUUACAAGUUCAAUUGUUUUCUGUAACUGUGUAUUGCCUAUCCUUGUGAUCUAUGUUACGCUUGUGUUCUAACAUUA